AAUGAUGACUCCGAUGCGGCCUAAUGGAAGAAAGUCUUCUAUGUUUCUUAACUAUAACAUUAGGCACCAGAAGACAGAUAUUGAAAAUAUAGACAAGGAUGUAAUUCCGGCUUUCAUGCAGAACACAGAAAUGUACGCUGUGGAAGAGAUUGAGCAGAACUAUAUGCCUCCAGAAAAUACUAGAAAAAGAUGAAACCUAUGCAUUGACAAAUUGACAUGUAAGAGUGAGAAAAUAGAACCGAUCGAGGUAAUUCCAUUAGAGCAUGACAAAGAGAGAGCUAAAUAAGAACUGGAAGAGUCUUAAAUCUAAACUAAUGAACAUGCUUUUUAUGAAGCGUAUGAUAGAAAAUGCAAUGAAUGAAAAAGGAGGAGAUGAUAGUAUAGAAAACGAUGAGAAAGCACCGGUGGUAUGUGCUAGUAUGAUCAUUUCUCCUGAUAGCAAGAGAAAAUAAGCACUUUGACUACUUCAUAUCAAUCGUAAUGAUCAUUGAUAUGUUCUAUAAUACAUAUGCCGUCUUUGUAGAUGACAGUAGUCCAAUGUUCAACUUCUUAACCAUCCCAUUUUAUUUGGUUCAAAUGUAUAUUUGCUGCUUCAGUGCUUAUAACGUGGACGAAAUUGUCGUAAAUGAUAUUCGGAUCAUCUUAAGGGGAUACUUUAAAUUUGAAUUCUUCCUCGACUUCUUAGCAACAGCCCCUUUCUUCCUUUUAACUGAGAAAUUGCUCUUUUUCAAGCUGCUUAGGUUGCUCAAACUUAAAGCUUGUUUUGGAAAUAUUCACGAGAUGUUGUAUAUCAUCAUGAACUCUUUUAUGCAUUCGAGGAAAGAGCUUAUCCAAAAUAUUUUGACACUUAUAAAAUUCUUUACUUUGUUCUGAUACACAGUCCAUGCACUUGGAUGAAUCUGGAUCUCUAUUGGAAGAGGUGGAGGGGAUGAAGGAUGGGUGGAAAUCAAGAGUGAGCUCCUAGAAGACCCCUCUUCUCAUUCUGAUGUGUAUAUAGCAGGCAUCUACUGGGUCGUUACAACCUUUACAACUGUUGGGUAUGGCGAUUUCAGUGGAAAUACAAACCAAGAAUAUAUCUUACAAAUGUCAGUGAAAUUCAUUGGAAUUGGAUUUUUUGGGUAUAUUAUUGGAAAUAUAAACUUUUUGAUCGGACAAGUUGACUCUAUUGAAGAACUUGAAGAGGAAAAAGAUGAACAGAAUAAUCUCUGGCUCAUCAGACUCGCUAGGGCGAAUGCUAGCAAAGUUCUGACAAAUGAUUACUAUGAACAUAUCCUUAGUUUCUUCACAACGUACUGGAACCUGGAUUACUACUUGCUUCGGGAAAACGAGUUCUUUAAUCAAUUGAAGCCGAGACUUCAGAAAGAAGUAGCCAAUAUCUGAUUUGAGCCUGUCUAUAAUAGAUUUGAAGGUUUCUUUUCAGGACUAGAGGAAAGUUUUAAAAGAGAGAUUGUUCACCAAUUCAGAUUUGAAGAAUUCAAGAAGUUUAAACCCUAUAGUGAAAAAUACGAAGGUGAUCGGCUAUCUUUCCCUGAGAAGCAGAGAACCUCCUUACUCAAGAAAAAUAAGAUUCCUGAAAAGGUUUAUUUCUUUACAGAAGGGAUGGCUUACGCAUCAAAUGCAACAGGUCGGUACAUUUAUUUUAAAUUGCCAGAAGGUUCAUUCUUUGGAGAGACUCAUGUACUCUCCGCGACGCCUUGAAGUUAUUCAAUAUUCUAUGAUGAAGAAAUAGGAGCUUCAGCCCUAGCAAUCUCUUCAGAAGCGUUACUCAAGAUAUGUGAACAGUAUCCAGACUCCUUCCAUAAAUUGCGUGAGAGGUCUGAAAAAAGGAGGAAGCUUUUCAGAUAUUAUAAAUUUGAAGUUAUUUCCCAUCUGGCAUCACUCUCUCGCAGAAAAUAUACCAUGAAGGAAGACCAGCCUAUUAUUACAAAAAUGUAUUCCAUGGUUGAGAAUAAGAAGUCCAAGGGCCAGAUUUCAAAAUAUGCCAAGAAGAGGCUUAUAGAAUCUGAACAUAUGCUCCAUGAGAAGGAGAGUUUCUAUGCAAAAAGUAAAUCGCUCCGGCCUAUUAACACGCCCAGGCAAACGCUUGAUUCUUCGGUAGUGAGCAAUAAACUUAAGUUUGGUAUAACAAUGCUGAACAAACGAAAUUCAGUCGAGAACACAAACCAUAUUAGAGGUCUUGGAGAUAUCAAAGAGGAGUUUAAAGCUAGCAAAAUCGAAUCUCUCAAUGAAGGCUUUGAAGAUGAACUUCCUCAUAUCAUUCAACAAAGCAUGGAGCCAGACCUCUGAGAAAUAUCUGAAGAAAAUGAAAUCAAGAGUUCAAAAAGAUACAAAACUCCUGGUCUCAAUUUUGAUAGCGAUGAGGAGAAAGAAAGCCUUCGUAUUUCAAAGAAGACUCAGAGUAAGAAAGUUUUUGAAGAGAAACCUCCUCUUCAUCUUUCAGCACAUCAGAGAGUUGAUUCAAAUGCAAAUCUUAUUGAGAAGCCAUAUAAUCUUCAAAGUGUUGAGAACAACCUUAACUCAUUUCCAAAAUUUUUGACAUCCAAAAUGAACUCACGAUAUUCCUUGCUUAAUAGUGGCAACUUCAGUAAUGAACUCGGUAAGCAGAGGACUAGAGGAACAUUUGAAACAAAUCAAUCAAAGGCUCCGAUAGAAGAAGAUAAAAAUCCCAACAAGGAUGAUUCAAAUGACGGAAAAGUCUUAAUGCACAGCUCCAGAUCUUCAAAUACUGGUGACAAGGACGGUAUUUAUUCGGGAGGCUCAGAUAGUGAUGAAAUGAUAGUUGAAAGCGUCAGUGAACAGGACAGCCUGAGUUCAAGAAGUGGGGGAAAUAUCCAUAUUGAAGUCUCAAAUUGAUCUUCCAGAGCCACUGAAGAAAGAGAAAGCAAACGAGAGUACCUAAAAAUGCUCUCUGUCAAAGGUGAAUUUUAUUCGAUCCAGAAAUAGCCUCUAUAAUACAAUCGAGAAAGAAGAUGGGUUUCAAGAUAUUAUCCGUUACACUAAACUUAUGGAUAUUCCAAGAAGAAAUGAACUUUUUGAAGAAUUUUUACAAGAUGAGAAGGUUGGUUUGAACCUUGAAAUUGACCCUAAGGAAGCAAUUGAGCACUGUAUCAAGAAACUUAAAGAGAGUCAUAAUCCACCUACACCCAAAAACAAAAGAGACGACAAUUCUUUCUCUAAAGAGGAGAAAGAGAGCUUAGUAAAAUCUAUCAAAGACACAAUUUCAAAGGUGGAUUCUCUAACCAAGAAAUUCAAUGAAUUGAAGGCUCAAGGAAGUAAAAAUAAGGAAAAGCUGGAUGCAAUCGUGACCAAGGUGCAAGUGAUAGCCCAGGCCAAGAAGACCUCCUAACCAUUACUUUUAUAUUAAUAUAAGCUCUUA